CCUGCCUCUUCUACCCCUGCCUCUUCCUCCACCACCCCUGCCUCUACCCCUGCCUCUUCCUCCACCACCCCUGCCUCUUCCUCCCCGACUGCACCCCGCGCCAUGUCGGCUACCCGCGGCGCCCCCGUGGAGCUCGGCUUCGCCACGCGGCCGCCGUCCGCGUGGCGUCUCCGCGCCGCCAACUUCCCCAGCAAAGUGGGAGGCCGCCCCGCCUGGCUCGGCCGCGACCCGCUGCCGGGCCUCGCCGAGCAGCUCGCGUGCGGCCGGUGCUCCAACACGUGCGCCUUCCUGCUGCAGGUGUACGCUCCUCUUCCUAACCGCGACGACUGCUUCCACCGCUCGCUGCUGCUCUUCUGCUGCCGUGACCCCACGUGCUACGCCGAGUUGCACGACCCGCGCUGCCUGCGGGUGGUGCGCUGCCAGCUGCCACGCAGGAACCCAUUCUACUCCUUUGAUCCGCCCCCGGACGAUCCUCCCUCGGGCACGACAGCGGCGGCGGCGGUGGCGGCAGCAGCAGCAGAGUCCGAGGAGGCAGGGGAAGCAUGGAGCCAUCGUCUGUGCCGCGUGUGCGGGGGCCCGGGCCCCAAGGCCUGCUCGCGGUGCCACACCGCGGCCUACUGCGGCAAGCGGCACCAGGCAAUGGACUGGAAGGCCGGACACAAGCACGAGUGCGGCCACGCGGCCGAGCCUACGCAGACGCCGCCCGAACGCGACCACGGCUUCCUCUUUCCCGAGUUGGAGAUCUUAACCGAGGCCGAGGAUGAUGAUGAUGAUGACGAGGAGGUGGAGGACGAGCAGAAGGAAGAGGAAGCUCCAUCGGACGCAGCAAGCCAAGGCGUGUUGAAGACGGCCACGGAAAGCGAGUUGGACGAGCAGCAGCUGGAGGCCGUGGCGCGCAGGGAAAGCGUGGAUGACCGCGCCUUCCGCCUCUUCAAGGAGAAGAUCGCUCGCGACCCCAAGCAGGUGCUGCGGUACAGCCGGGAAGGACAGCCCCUGUGGGUGUCAAGUGAACACGUGGCCACAGCCUCGGACAUCCCAGCCUGCUCCUGUGGAAGUCCCCGCUCUUUCGAGUUCCAGGUGAUGCCACAGCUGUUGAGCGAGCUGCACGUGGACAGCCUGAGCGCGAGCAUCGACUGGGGCACCUUGGUGGUGUACACGUGCUCGCGGAGUUGCACGCCGCGGGACGGACCCCACGCGUACGUUUCCGAGUUCGUCUGGAAGCAAGAUUUUGUGCACAGCGCUGGGGGACUACGCCAGCAGCGCCAAUGACAAGUGUUUAAAACGUGCAUUACAUCCACUGCUGGGUGAAGAACUCUUCCCCCGAGCUGUUGCCAUCUCUCACGGUCCCUCGAUGUCACAAAAACAAAUGUCUCCCGCAUAGCCUGAAGACUAAGGGAAAGUGCUGUUGGCGAGUAGCGCCUCCAAAUGGCGGCUCGUCACAUUAAGAGGGUGGGUGAUGCCACGUACAGCCACCUUUGUCAUCCCCCAGUGCCGAUGUUUAUUGACGACCCCAGGUACUCAUUUAAGGCCGAGUCGAGCAAGGGGAGGCCCUGGAGCGGUUCAUAUAAGUCACUUGUAUUGGCCUUGAGCGGGAAGCUAAUUCGGGUCGUGGGGUUUGUAGCAAGCGGGCGUGAUGAAUUAUAAAUUGCUCCUCCAUGAUAGAGCGUUGUCUGCUGUAAAUUAUUUUGUACAAUAAAAACACUCUUGAUAAAAAUUUAAAAUGUUAUUCGCAUCACACACCCAUAUGAGAUCUUUGAAUAGUGGAAGUGUUAUAAAUAUCCAUAAACGUAUUUGGAAGUCCACUAAUAACCUGUGUACUCUUCUUGAGAACUGAUUUUAUACUUUUGGCAGGACAUCUGCAGCUCACCAAUAUUUUGGUGCUCCAAUGUGUUUUCAUGUCGACGUUUUGAUCCAUGUGCUGGAUGCUUCUUCAUACAUUUCAGUUCCUUAAGAAGCUCCCAACUUGAAGCUAUUCACUUGAAUGUAUAACAGUACUUGUGUAAAUAACUUGCAAAAACAGGGACAUGUUUUUGAAACGUUUAAUUGUAUAUCGCCAUCUAAACUCAACUGUUUCAAUGUAACCAAAGGAAAUGUCUGGUCCACGUUCUAGCGAUAUUACUCCCAAUGCUUUCAAAA